GAUGGAGGACGUUAACUCCAACGUGAACGCGGACCAGGAGGUGCGGAAGCUGCAGGAGCUGGUGAAGAAGCUGGAGAAACAGAACGAACAGCUGAGAAGCCGCUCGGGGGCCGUGCAGGGUGCCGGCUCUAUCGGGCCUGGCAGCCCGGUUCGAGCCGGCGCCUCCACUCCCUCCUCUGGAGCGGCGUCUCCUCGGGGCUUUCCCUUGGGCCUCAGCGCCAAGUCGGGCGGCGGGGCCGGGUCGGGCCCGAGGCGGACGAGUAGCGAAGAGCUGCGGGACGCCACCUCCUUGUUCGCGGCGGGCGAGGGCAGCUUGCUGGACGAGGUGGAGCCGCUGCGGCCCGACGAGCUGGAGCGUUUGUCAGGCUGGGAGGAGGAGGAGGAGAGCUGGCUGUAUUCAUCACCAAAGAAAAAACUUACACCAAUGCAGAAAUCGGUUAGUCCAUUAGUUUGGUGCAGGCAAGUUUUGGAUUACCCAAGUCCUGAUGUUGAGUGUGCUAAAAAGUCUCUUAUCCACAAACUUGAUCAAACUAUGUCAGCUCUCAAGAGGCAGAAUUUAUAUAAUAAUCCUUUCAACUCUGUGAGUUACACAAGUCCUUACAGUCCAAAUGCCAGUAGCCCAUACAGCAGUGGCUUCAAUUCUCCAUCCUCAACCCCAGUGCGACCUCCUAUAGUCAAACAGCUUAUACUUCCUGGAAAUUCAGGUAACUUGAAAAGCUCGUCAGACAGAAAUCCUCCACUCAGUCCUCAGUCCUCUAUAGAUAGUGAGUUAAGUGCUUCAGAAUUAGAUGAAGAUUCAAUUGGAUCCAAUUAUAAGCUAAAUGAUGUAACUGAUGUACAGAUUCUAGCCCGGAUGCAGGAAGAAAGUCUCCGGCAAGAAUAUGCAGCCACCACGUCUCGGCGCAGUUCUGGUUCUUCUUGCAAUUCUACAAGACGGGGUACUUUUAGUGAUCAGGAACUUGAUGCACAAAGUUUAGAUGAUGAAGAUGACAAUAUGCAUCAUGCAGUAUACCCUGCUGUUAACAGGUUUUCACCAUCACCACGCAAUUCACCUCGACCGUCACCUAAGCAGUCACCCAGAAAUUCACCUCGUUCACGAUCUCCUGCUCGAGGAAUAGAAUAUAGUAGAGUGUCUCCACAGCCUAUGAUUAGCCGCUUACAGCAACCUCGCCUUUCACUUCAAGGCCAUCCCACAGAUUUACAGACAAGUAAUGUAAAAAAUGAAGAAAAACUAAGGCGCAGUCUUCCAAACCUGUCCCGAACAUCUAAUACACAAGUUGACUCAGUGAAAAGCAGCAGAAGUGACUCAAAUUUUCAAGUGCCAAAUGGAGGAAUACCUCGCAUGCAACCUCAGGCUUCAGCCACUUCGCAAAGGCUGAAAAAUUUGCCUCGUACUUCCCUCAAAGCCAAACAGUUGCUUCAAACUUCAUCUACAAAAAGAGAUAAAUUCAGAAGAAACAUUUUCUGCAGAGGUAUGUAUUGGGUUGCUUUUCUGAAAGGAGUAAAUGAUAUAUAGAGAAUUUAAUUUUCUUACCAUCUUAAAUGAAAGGUCAUUGUUUCAACUUUAUGCCAACCGAACUUCAUAAGUGCUUUAAAAUGAACCAAAUGUCAGACGUUCUGUAUGCUGAUGUUUUUUCCGCAGACUUCUAUUUUUGGUUUUACUUAUCUAUCUGUAUGAUAAAAUGGGAGCACUUCCACAUUAGAAGGUAAUUGAAGUUAAAUCACAAGUUUUGGUUAACUGAUAUGUUUGGAAUGUUUAUGGAGUGGUAGCUUUUAUAAUAAUAGAGAGUUGAAGAAAUACAUGAAGGUUGGACAUCAAAACUAUCCAGUAUUGGUUCCAAGACACUCAAUGUGUGGGCAGCUAGACAGAGCAGCUAGACGGAAGUAGAAUUAAGAGAAAAUAGUGGGAUUGGAUAGACCAACAGCAAUAAGAACAGAGGCCUUAGAGGAAAUGGUAUGAAACAAAUACAAUGUGGAAAAAUAUUUUUCCAAUCCAGAAUAUGUAGGUUUUCUGAUAGCUUCAGACUUCAAUAAAUAACAAAAGCAUGUAACAGAGGUAAAGCACUAAAGAAAAUUACGCCGGAAGAAGAAAUUACAUUUUUUUGAAAAAAAAGAUUUGGUUAUGGUUACAAAAGUGCUAUAAUAGAUGUUUUGGGAAAUUUAUUACUGUAAAUGUUUUCACAGUGAUUUCUUGGAUUAAGUAUAACUUAAGGAAUUGUUCUAGAUAAUAGAAUUUGAAGGAAAGUCAAAUAGGGAAAUAAAAAAGUAGGAUGUAUGAAUGUUUGUGUUUUGAAUAUCAGAAGUUGAUCAUAGGCCUUUAGUGAACGUUUUUUGGUGCCAUUUUCAGGUGUAUUAAUAAUGGACUGGAUAGAUUAUAUUUGAUGGGGAAGACGGUGAAUUAAUAGGGGCCAUUAUAGAAAGGGGUUUUUAUGAACUUAUUUGGGAACCGUAGGCUUCUUUUUUUUUUUUUUUUUUUUUUUGAGAUGUCUCAAUAUUUUUGAGUACUUCCAUGGCUAGGGGUGAGAGUCAUAUAAAAACAUGAACCUGAAAACAUUGUGGUAUCUAAACUAGGUCAAGAGAUCACACUAUACCAUAAUAAAAAAGUAGAAGAUUUUAAGUUUAUAUAAAUUUUAUUGGUUGGUUGUCUCCUUAAGCUGCUUCAUCAUGGUUUUUGGAAUCAAGUAGGUUUACAUAAUUUAAAACUUUUACCUAAAGAUUUCAUGUUGCUCUGUUGAUCAGAUUAAGACCAUAACUUCUGGCUGAAUCUUUAAAAAUUUGCCUAUAGGGGUUAUAUUAUCACUCUAAGCCAUCAAACUAGCCACCUCUAUGAUAAGAUGAUAGGAAAGCCCAAACCUGGAAUUCUUGGUAUCUGUAGCUGUCUUGUUGACUUAGUAAAGGGAAAGAAGUAGGGGGUUGGGGGACGGGGCACAGGGUAUGCUGUUCUGUUUUGUUCAAUCCCUUAUUUAACUUGAUCCAGACUUUUACAUUUUCUGGUUGGUAUUGGGACAUGGGCAUUAUCAUUACCUACCUCUUCUCUAUAAAUUUUAAACCAGUUGAGAAAUGGACACAGGAAUAAGGUAAGAUUUAAGAUAUUACCUUAAUUAUUGAUGAAGCUGAAAUGGAGAAUAUCUUUUGGAUCCAAGGCCAAAAUUGAUUUUCUGGUUUUCCCUCAUAUGGAGACUUUGGGAGGGAGGGGGCCUGCAUUGACUGGUAGAAUUCUCUUCUCUUGUAGGGAUGUGAGGCACACAGGAGACAGAGGCCAUCUGUUCACAGGUAUAUUUGGCAUAUUAAACAUGUCCAAUUGAGAAACAUGGACCAAAAGUGACAAAUCGGCACACAAAUCAAUUCAUCCAUCCUGGGGGUGAACCUGUACGAUUUUCUAGAGAGCUAGUAUAUCGUAGGCUAACAGGAUCAUGGGAAGAGGAAAAAGAUUACUUAACAAUUGGAAAUAAAGUCACUUUGAUUUUAAUUGCAUUUAGUAGUAGCAGGUGUUUGAAGAUGGAAAGUCAGAACUGUGUUGCUUGGCACAGUCACUCCAUAAAUAUUUCUUGAACGAAUAUAGUCAUGCUGCUAAAGUCGUAAAAGGUUGGAUAUGUUCUUCUUUGCAUUUCCUUUUUGCAAGUUUUUUUUGUUUCUUCAGCCCAUCCUACUCUGAGGAAAACAAUCCAGUGUAUGUUUUUUAAGAUUUCAUGGGAGUGACUAUUUAAACUGCUUUGGGAAAGAUUUUAUUCAUUUAUUCAUUCCCUGUUGUUAGGCACUGAGUGAAGUAGAGGUAAAUAGGGCAGAGACCUCACCAAGCCGUGGGGAAAAAUGAAGACUAACUAGACAAAGUGAAUGCAGAAAUAUGAUGAUAUUAAUUCCCUUUUAGUUGCCUCUUUCCUUCUAAAUACCCCAUGAAAAAGUGGGCAAAGGACAUGAACAGACACUUCUCAAAAGAAGACAUUCAUGCAGCCAACAAACAUAUGAAAGUUCUUGCCUCUUCUGUAUUUUGAAGGAAAUUCAUAUUUUGCCUGUUUUAUAGUUAUUUAGAAAGAAAGAGGUAACUAAGAAGGAAUAAUAGUAAUUGUUUAAUACUUUUUUAAUUAUAUUUUGACAUAUUCAAGUUGAAAUAAACCAUAUUUAUAGAAGACCUUAAUUAUAAGAUUUGUCUUUUUCCUUCAAUUUUUAUUUUAAGUUUUGGGGUACAUGUGCAUGUUUGUUACAUAGGUAAAUGUGUACCAUGGUGGUUUGCUGCACAGAUCGACCCAUCACCUAGGUGUUAAACCCAGCAUUCGUUAGCUAUUUUUCCUGAUGCUGUCCCUUCCCCUGCCGCCCCUGACAGCUCCCAGUGUGUGUUGUUUUCCUCAGUGUGUCCAUAUAUUCUUAUUGUUCAAUUCCCACUUAUACGUCAGAACAUGUGGUGUUUAGUUCUCUGUUCCUGCAUUAGUUUGCUGAGGAUGAUGGCUUCCAACUCCAUCUGUGUCCCUGCAAAGGACAUGAACUCAUUGUUUUUUGUGGCUGCAUUGUUUUUUGUGGUGUAUAUGUACCACAUUUUCUUUAUCCAGUCUAUCAUUAAUGGGUAUUUGGGUUGAUUCUAUGUCCUUGCUAUUGUGAAUAGUGCUGUAGUGACCAUACACAUGCAUACAUCUUUUUUUUUUUUUUUGAGACAGUUUCGCUCUUGUUACCCAGGCUGGAGUGCAAUGGCGCGAUCUCGGCUCACCGCAACCUCUGCCUCCUGGGUUCAGGCAAUUCUCCUGCCUCAGCCUCCUGAGUAGCUGGGAUUACAGGCACGCACCACCAUGCCCAGCUAAUUUUUUGUAUUUUUAGUAGAUAUGGGGUUUCACCAUGUUGACCAGGAUGGUCUCGAUCUCUUGAUGUCGUGAUCCACCCACCUCGGCCUCCCAAAGUGCUGGGAUUACAGGCUUGAGCCACCGCGCCCGGCCUCACAUGCAUACAUCUUUAUAAAAGAAUGAUUAAUAUUCCUUUGAGUAUAUACACAGUAAUGGACUUGCUGGCUCAAAUGGUAUUUCUGCUUUUAGGUCUUUGAGGAAUCACCACACUGUCUUCCCACCAACAGUGUUAAAGUGUUCCUUUUUUUCUGCAGCCUUGUCAGCAUCUGUUGUUUCUUGACUUUUUAAUAAUUGUCAUUAUUAUCUCAUUAUCUCACUGUGGUUUUGAUUUGCAUUUCUCUAAUGAUUAAUAAUGUUUAGCCUCUUUGUAUGUUUGUUGGCCCCAUGAAUGUCUUACUUUGACAAGUGUCUGUUUAUGUUCUUUAUUCGCUUUUUAAAUAGGGUUGUUUUUUUCUUGUAAAUUUGUUUAAGUUCCUUGUAGACUCUGGAUAUUAGACCUUUGUCAGAUGGAUAGAUUGCAAAAAUUUUCUCCCAUUCUGUAGGUUGCCUGUUCAUGCUAAUGGUUUCUUUUGCUGUGCAGAAGCUUUUUAAUUAGAUCCCGUUUGUCAGUUUUUGCUUUUGUUGCAAUUGCUUUCCGCAUUUUCUCAUGCAGUGUUUACCCAAGCCUAUGUCCUGAAUGAUAUUGCCUAGUUUUCUUCUACGGUUUUUAUAGAGUGGGGUUUUACAUUAAAGUCAUUAAUCUAUCUUGAGUUAAUUUUUGUAUAAGGUAUAAGGAAGGGGUCUAGUUUCAAUAUUCUGCAUAUGGCUAACCAGUUCUCCUAGCACCAUGUAUUAAAUAGGGAGUCCUUUCCCUUUUGCUCUUUUCAUGUUUGUCAAAGAUCAGAUAGUUGUAGAUGUGCAGUCUUAUUUCUGAUUUCUCUGUUCUGUUCUAUUGGUCUAUGUGUCUGUUCUUGUACUAGUACAGUGCUAUUUUGGUUACUGUAGCCUUGUAGUAUAGUUUGAAGUCAGGUAGCAUGAUGCCUCCAGCUUUGUUCUUUUGCUUAGGAUUAUCUUUGAUAUUUAUGCUAUUUUUUUGUUCCAUACAAAUUUUAAAAUAUUUUUUUUCUAUUUCUGUGAAGAAUGUCAAUGGUAGUUUAACAGGAAUAGCAUUGAAUUUAUAAAUUACUUUAGGCAGUACAACCACUUUUGCACUAUUACGAUAUUGAUUCUUGCUAUCCAUGAACAUGAAAUGUUUUUCCAUUUGUUUGUUUCCUCUUUGAUUUCCUUAAGCAGUGGUUUGUAGUUCUCCUUGAAGAGGCCCUUUAUUUUUCCCUUGUUAGCUGUAUUCCUAGGUAUUUUAUUCUUUUUGUAGCAUUGUGAAUGGGAGACCAUUCAUGAUUUGGCUGUCUGCUUGCCCAUUGUUGGUGUAUAAGAAUGCUAGCAAUUUUUGCACAUUGACUUUGUAUCUUGGGAUUUUACUAAAGUUGCUUAUCAGCUUAAGAUGCUAUUGGGCUGAAAUGAUGGAGUUUUUUGGACAUCAUCUGCAAACCAAGAUAAUUUGACUUCCUCUUUUCCUGUUUGAAUAUUCUUUAUUUCUUUCUCUUGCCUGAUUGCCCUCACCAGACCUCCAAUACUAUGUUGAAUAGGAGUGGUGAGAGAGAGCAUUGUGGUCUCAUGCUGCUUUUCAAGGGUAAUGCUUCCAGCUUUUGCCCAUUCAUUAUGAUACUGGCUGGGGUUUGUCAUAUUUGGCUUUUUUUAUUUUGAGGUAAAUUCCUUCAAUACGUACUUUAUUGAGAGUUUUUAAUGUGAGGAGAUGUUGAAUUUUAUCAAAGACCUUUUCUGCAUCUAUUGAGAUAAUCAUGUAUUUUUGGUCUUUAGUUCUGUUGAUGUAAUGAAUUAUAUUUGUUGAUUUGCGUAUGUUGAACCAACCUUAUAUCCUGGGCAUAAAGCCUACUUGAUCUUGGUGGAUAAGCUUUUUGAUGUGCUGCUGGGUUCGGUUUGCCAGUAUUAUACUGAGGAUUUUUGCAUCAGUAUUCUUCAGGGAUACUGGCCUGAUGUUUUUUUUGUUGUUGUUGUAUCUCUGCCAGGUUUUGGUAUCAGGAUGUGGCUGGCCUCAUAGAAUAAGUUAGAGAGGAUUCCCUCCUUUUUAAUUGUUUAGAGUAGUUUUAGUAGCCUUUUCAAUUGUUUGGAGUAGUUUCAGUAGAAAUUGUGCUAUCUGUUCUUUGUACCUCUGGUAGAAUACAUGUGGUAUUGGGCUUUCAUUGGUUGGCAGGCUAUUUAUUACUUUCUCAAUUUCAGAAUUCAUUAUUGGUUUGUUCAGCGAUUCAGAUUCUUCCUGGUUCAGUCUUGGGAUGGUGUCAGUGUUCAGGAAUUUAUCAGUUUCUUCUCGAUUUUCUAGUUUCUGUGUAUAGCAGUGUUUAUAGUAUUCUCUGAUGGUUGUUUAUAUUUCUGUGAAGUCAAUGGCGAUACUCUCCUUAUAAUUUCUGAUUGUGUCUAUUUGAUUCUUCUCUUUUUCUUUCUUUUUUUUUUUUUUUUUUGGAGGCAUAGGUUCUCUCUGUUGUCCAGGCUCUCACUGCAAGCUCUUCUGCCUCCCAGGUUCAAACAGUUCUCAUGCUUCAGCCACCCACAUAGCUGGGAUUACAGGCAUGUGCCACCACACCCAGCUAAUUUUUUUGUGUUUUUAGUAGACACAGAGUUUUACUAUGUUGGCCACACUUGUCUCGAACUCCUGUCCUUAAGUGAUCCACCUAUCUUUGUCUCACAAAAUGUUGGGAUUACAGGUGUGAGCCACUGUGCCUGGCCUCUUUUCUUCUUUACUACUCUAGGUAGCUAUCUAUUUUAUUAAUUAAAAAGAAAAAACAGCUUCUAGAUUCAUUCAUUCAUUCAUUCAUUCACUUAUUUAUUUAUUGAAGGGUUUUUCUUGUCUCCUUCAAUUCCUCUUUGAUCUUGGUUAUUUUGUUGUUGUUUUUUUUUCCCACAAAGAUCUGAAGCCUCAUGAUCUUGGUUAUUUCUUACCUUCUGCCAGCUUUGGGUUUUGUUUGCUCUGGUUCUAAUUCUUUUAGUUGUCGCGAUAGGUUGUUGAUUUGAGAUCUUUCUAGCUUUUGAUGUUGGCAUUUAGUACUGUAAAUUUCCCUCUUAACACUGUCUUAGCUGCAUCCUAGAGAUUCUGAUAUGUUGUCUCUUUGUUCUCAUUAGCUUCAAAGAAAGUUGAUUUUUGUCUUAAUUUCAUUAUUUAUCCUAGAGUCAUUCAGAAACAGGUUGUUCAGUUACCAUGUGGUUAUGUGGUUUUGAGUGGAUUUCUUAAUCUUGAGUUCUAAUUUGAUUGUGCUGAGGUCUGAGAGACUGUUAUGAUUUCAGUUCUUUUGCAUUUGCUGAGGAGUGUUUUACUUCCUAUUACAUGAUCAAUUUUAGAGUAAGUGUUGUGUGGUGAUCAGAAGACAUCUCUCAGGUCCACUUAAUUCAGAGCUGAGUUCAAGUCCUGAAUAUCUUUAUUAAUCUUCUGUCUCGAUGAUCUGUCUAGUAUUGUCAGAGGGGUGUUAAAAUCUCUCACUAUCAUGUGGGAGUCUACGUCUCUUUGUAGGUCUCUAAGAACUUUAUGAAUCUGGGUGCUCCUGUAUUGGGGACAUACAUAUUUAGGAUAGUUCACUCUUCUUGUUGAAUUUAAAACCCUUUACCAUUAUUUUAUGCCCUUCUUUGUCUUUUUCAGUCUUUGUUGGUUUAAAGUCUGUUUUGUCAGAAAGUAGAAUUGUGACUCCUGCUAUUUUUCUGUUUUUCAUUUGCUUGGUAAAUAUUUUUUCAUCCCUUUAUUUAGAGCCUAUGUGUGUCUUUGCCUGUGAGAUGGGUCUCUUGAAGACAGUACACCCAUGGGCCUUGCCUCUUUAUCCAGCUUGCCAUUCUGUGUCUUUUAAUUGGAGUAUUUAGCCCAUUUACAUUUAAAGUUAAUAUUGUUAGGUGUGAAUUUGAUCCUGUCAUGAUGCUAGCUGAUAAUUUUGCAGACUUAUUUAUGUGGUUGCUUCACAGGGUCACUGGUCUAUGUACUUCAGUGUGUUUUUGUAGUUUCCCUUUCAUAUUUAGUGCUUGAGGGAUCUCCUGCCUUGCAAAAAUUCCCGGAACUGAAGUAUGCAAAACUACUGGGUCGCCAUGAGUGCUUGAGUGGCCAUUCUGCCAAGACUCCACACAGCUUUGUGCUUUGGACCCUAGGCUGUUGUGGCGUGGGCUUAUGAGAGAAUCUCCUGAUCUACUGGUUACAAAGAUCUGUGGGAGAAGUGUGGUCUCCCAGGUCAGGACAGGGUUGCACAAUCACUCACUGCCUUUCUUGGCUGGCAGUUAGGGCUCUCCUGGCCCCACACUGCACCCAGGCCAUUGCCUCACCCUGCUGCUUUUUGUCACUCUCCAUGGGUCAGGCUGUUCGCCUAGUUAGUCCUAAUGUGAGAACCUGGAAAUCUCAGUUGAAGGUACAGAGUUCACUCGCUCUACUCUUUCCUCUUUUCAUUCCUCUCUGUGAGAGCCACAGACCACUGCUACUUCCAAUUGACCAUCUUGGCUCACCCCUCCAACUUUUGCAUUUCUAAUGACUAAAAUGCCUUUUGAUAUUAGACUACCUGAAAAUGGAGAACCAAAGAACUUUGUGAUUAUGUAGGAUUCAAAAUUAAAAAUUUGUGUUCUUUUCUAUCAGCUGACAUAUUGAAUUGAAAACUGACAUACAGAUAUUGAAUCUGUAUCAUAAACAAGAUAACACUCAUUAUAUCCUUUCCUAUUUUCUUCUCUAUUCUAGCCUGUAUUUGCUUCUCUAGUAUAGUUGUAUUCAAAAUCUCUUCUGACAUACACAGACUUCUUAGAAACAAUUAAAAUGAUAGGAGUUGUUUACUAUGAUUUUGAUAUGUAAAACUGGGAGAAUGAGAGAAGAAAGCAUGGACGCUGUUCUCUUGAGGUUCCCUCCAAACACAAAUUCCCGUUAGGCCAUUUCAUGCUAUUUUUGGAAUGAUAACUGAAUAUUAGACUUAAUAAUGCUUUUAUGGUUUUCUAAUACCUUUUUUUAAUCUGUAGUUAAAUCUCAAUUACAUCUAUCAAUUUUCUUUGCUGCAAGAGUCAUAUGUCAGAAUUUUCUUCUGUCUGAAAUUUGUGCCUUAAUUUUCCUAAUUAAAUGCUGACUGCCUUGUAGAAUGUGAAAAUUACAACUAUAAGGUCUUUGAAGAUGACUUAUGUCCAAUUAACCUCAUUAUAUUUUUAUGAUUUCCUGGCCCACAUGUUUAUAGAUGAGCCAAAAUGCUGCUGCCAUGAAACAUUUUUUGCAAUAGCUUAACUACAGCUUAGUAUACCUCUUCAGAUCCUCUCUAGUUUUCCCUCCACUUAUAUAUUAACUUUGUUAGAGUAUUUCUUUCGGAGGUGGAGGAGCGAUUAUUUAACCUCUUCUAGCGUUCUCCCAUCCUGAGAAUCUUAUUUCUUAGCAACACAUAGAAUUAGAAUAUCAUAAUUUGUUUUGUCCCAUAUUACACACAAAGUGUUCUUGGGAUAACAUUAACAUAACAUACACUAUGAUUACUGAAAACAGUUUUUAAAACUUUUGGUUAUGCUUGCUCCUUUUUUUUUUUUUUUCCUUUAAGUUAUAUUCACAUUAUCAGAUACCUGUUAGAUACUGUUUUCUUUUUUAUAUGCCUCAUUUAGUUUAGGCUCUCCAUUUAAAUAUGUAUUUGAUGCUUAAUGCCAGUUUAUAUGUCAUUGUCUCUCAUCAGUCAUUUUUCUUGUCUGAAGCUUAUUCUCUAGUAGAUUCCUUAAGAAGCAGUUAUGGGAACAGUAUAACUGUUACAUGUUGAUGAUAGCUUGUCUGUUGUUUUCAUACUUGAAAGUCGUUGUCUAGAUAUGAAAUCUUUGGCUCACAUUUUCUUUAAGUAAUUUAUAUUACUCCACUUUCUGCAAGAAUAAAGAAUUGUUUCCUUAUAAUCAUUUGGUCUUUAUCUGGAUGUACAAUGGAUAUUUUUCUUUUCUUUAUAAUAAUUUACUAGAAUGUAUCUAUUGGUCAUUCUGAGCCGAUUUUCUCAGAUUCGGGUGUGUUCUUUCAAUAUAGAGUAGCAAACUUUUUUCUGUUUUUCAGAAAAGUUUUAUUGAAUUAUAGUUUUUCAUAUUCUGUUCGUUUGCUUUGGUUUUCUUUUUUGUGGGGACUCCUGUUGUACACGUAUUGGAGGUUCAUUUCUUGUUUCUAUAUUUGUUGCCUUCUCUUGAAUCAUUUUUUUCUUUCUUUUAUACAAGUUUAUUUUAUUUCCUUUUUUUUUUUUUUUUUUUUUUUUUUUUGAGAUGGAGUUUCGCUGUUGUUACCCAGACUGGAGUGCAAUGGCACGAUCUCUGCUCACCGCGACCUCCACCUCCUUGGUUCAAACAAUUAUCCUGUCUCAGUCUCCCGAGUAGCUGGGACUACAGGCACGCACCACCACGCCCAGCUAAUUUUUUUGUAUUUUUUUAGUAGAGAUGGGGUUUCACCUUGUUGACAGGAUGGUCUCGAUCUCUUGACCUCGUGAUCCACCCGCCUUGGCCUCCCAAAGUGCUGGAAUUAUAGGUGUGAGCCACCGCGCCCGACUGAACUUAUUUUCUUUGUCUGUUUCUCUUAGAACAUUAUCUGCUGUGUAUUGACUCUUAAUGUUCCUCCUUAGACUUCAUUUAAAAUGAUUCAUUUUAUAGCUAAUUCCUUCCUGAGUUCCAUCAACUCAUUUCUGAGUGUUUCUCACUCUGAUUUAUGCUAUUCUUUCCUAUCUUGUAGCAAUAUUAAAAUGUUUCUAAAAUUUGAAAUACUAGAUACUUUUAUCUUUGUGUGUAUGAUUUCUUACCAUGAUUUCUGUUAAGGUUUCACUUCCUGUAGAAGUGUUAUUCUACUCCUUUUUUAUUCUUUUUUUCUUAAAAUUAUUUUAUGUGUGAUUUGACUUCAGUCCUUUUCUAUUGCUCUUUUUUCAAUGAAAUUGAUUUUUCUAAACACUUAGCUUGAUUUAAAACUUAAUAAUUUUAUUGUUCAAAAAUUAUCGAACCAUCUCUUGUUUUUGGAAGUGUUCAAAAACAUGGCUGCUUAUUUUCUGAGAUUUCUUUCCUUUAUUUCCUUCCUCCACUUUCAAAAUGUACCCUCUUAAAAUGUACAAUUCAGUGUUUUUUAGUAUAUUCACAGAGGGAGAAACCAUUACCACUAUCUUAUUUUAGAAGAUGUUUAUCACCCCCACAAGAAACACCAUACUUAUUAAUAGAACUCCUCAUUCCUCACUUCUUCAAGCCCCUGCCUCCCAGUAAUCUACCCUCUCUGUCUCUAGUUUGCUGUGUUGGACAUUUCAUAUAAGUGGAAUAAUGAAUACGUGAUCUUUUGUUACUGGCUGCCUCUACUUAGCAUAAUGUUUUCUAAGUUCAUUUUGUAGCAUAUAUCAGUAUGGUUACUUGCUGCAUAACAGUGUUUCAGGGCCAGGCACAGAGGCUCAUGCCUGUAAUGCCACUUUGGGAGGCUGAGGUAGGAGGAUCAUUUGAGCCCAGGAGUUUGAGACCAGCCUGGGCAACAUAGUAAGACUGGAUCAGAAAAAAUAAAAUAAUUAGCCAGACAUGGUGGCUUGCAACUGUGGUCCCAGCCACUGAGGAGGCUGAGGUCAGAGGAUUGCUUGAACUUGAGAGGUUGAGGCUGUGGUGAGAUGUGAUCGUACCACUGCCAGCCUGGGCAACAGAACAAGACCCUAUCUCAAAAAAUCUAAAACAAAAAAACCCACAUUUCAGUCAACAAUGGAUCACGUAUACAAUGAUGCAAUUUCUAUCACCUAGUAAUGUCAUAGACCUUUCAAUGGGACAAGAUGUGGAGGUGGUAGAUGGGGUGAUAUUGAUGAUCUUAACUCUGUAUAGGCUUAGGCUCAUGUGUGUGUUUCUGUUUGUUUUUAGCAAAACAAAAAAAAAGUAAACAAAAAUUUAAAAAAAAGCUUAUAGAUUAAGGGAAUAAAGAAAGAAAGUAGUUUUGGACAGUUGGACAACAUGUUUGUGUUACAAGCUAUGAGUUAUUACAAAAGAGUCAAAAAGUUUUUAAGUUAAAGCAUAUAAAGUAAAAUAGUUACAGCAAGCUAAGGUUAAUGUAUUAUUGAAGAAAAAUAAAUUCAGUAUAAGUGUACAGUGUUUAUAUAAAGUCUGCAGUAGGGUACAGUAACUUUCACAUUCACAUACCACUCACUGAACUUCAGUCCUAUGAGCUCCAUUCAGGGCAAGUGUCCUCAGAUGUACUGUAUAUUGUCUUUUAUAACAUUUUUACUGUACUUUUUCUAUGUUUAGGUAUGUUUGGAUAUGCAGAUGCCCUUAUUACAGUUGCCUACAGUAUUCAGUACAGUAAUAUGCUAUAUCGGUUUUAGCCUAGGAGCCAUAGGUUGUUUUUAAAAAUAUUUUGUGGAUACAUAGUAGGUGUGUGUAUUUAUGGAGCACAUGAAAUAUUUUGAUAUAGGCAAGCAAUGUGAAAUAACAUCAUAGAGAAUCAGGUACCCAGCCCCUCAAGCAUUUAUUCUUUGUGUUACAGACAAUUCAGUUACAUUCUUUAAAAUACUUUAGAAUAUACAAUUAAGUUACUGUUGACUACCAUCAUCUGGUUGUGCUUUCUCAAUUUUUUUUGGUACCCAUUAACCAUCUCCACCUCCCCCAACCCUGCCAUCAGGUAUUUCUUAUAUCCUAGGUGUGUAGUAGUGUAAGUCACCUAGGUUUGCAUAAGUACACUCUGAUGUUCCUGCAUGGACAAACUUGCCUAACAGUUCAUUUCUGAGAACAUAUCCCCAUCGUAAAGUGAUACAUAACUGUACUUUGUUCCUUUUUAUUGCCAAAUAUUCCAUUGUGUGGAUGCACCACAUUUUGUUUAUCCAUUGAUCACUUGGUGGAUACUUUUGCCUAUUGUGAAUAGUGCUGCGGCUGGGCACGGUGGCUCACACCUGUAAUCCCAGCACUUUGGGAGGCUGAGGCAGGCAAAUCACCUGAGGAUAGGAGUUAGAGACCAGCCUGGCCAACAUGGUAAAACCUCAUCUCUACUAAAAAUACAAAAAUUAGCUGGAUGUGAUUGUGGAUGCCUAUAAUCUCUGCUACUCAGGAGGCUGAGGUAGAAGAAUUGCUUGAACCCACGAGGCGGAGGUUACAGUGAGCUGAGAUCAUGGCACUGCACUCCAGCCUGGACAACAGAGCGAGACUCCAUCUCAAAUAGUAAUAGUAAUGAUAAUAAUGCUGUGAACAUUCAUGUACAAGUGUUUACAUAGAUGUGUUUUUGGUUCUCUUGGUUAUGUACUUAAUGGAAUUACUGGAUCAUAUAGUAGCUUUAUGUUUAACAUAUUAAGAAUCUGCUAAAAUGUUUUCCAGAGUGGCUACAACAUUUUACAAUGUCACCAGCACUGUGUGAGGGUUCCAGUUUCUCCAUCUCCUUAGUAACACUUGUUUAUUGUCUUUUAUUUUAGCCAUUCUGGUGAAGUGUUGUGAAGUGGAAUCUCUUUGUGGUUUUUAUUUUGCAUGACUAACGUUGAGCAUCUUUUCAUGUGCUUAUUGGCCAUUUGUUUAUCUUUGGAGAAAUGUCUAUUCAAAUUCUUUGUCUCUGCUUUUUUAGUUUUUAAUUGAGUUGUGACAUUCCUUUGUAUAUUCUGGAUUCAAGUCUCAGAUCCAUGAUUUGUAAAUAUUUUCUCCUAUUCCGUGGAUUUACUCUUCACUUACUUUAUGGUAUCCUUUGAAGCACAAAAGAUUUUAAUUUUGAUGAAGUAUCAUUUAUCAAAUUUUGAUCUUAGGGAUCAUGCUUUUGGUGUCAUAAGAAACCAGUGCCUAACCCUAGUUAUUACUCCUGUCCCCUCUGCUCUACCCCGCUUGCCCUUCCCAGACACAAAUCCUGCGCUUUCCCCUUCAGUACUUGGAGCUUUCAGUGGCCCUUCCCUUCCCCAAAUCCAGCUGGGCUUGAGGUAUCCUACCCUCCUCUCUUUCUGGCCUGCAGCACAGCACCAGGACCAUGCUCUUCUAUUCCUUUUUCAAUCCCUUGUGGGCAAGGAUGUGGUCAUGGAACUCGAGAGUGACCUGCAUAUCUGUGGAACCCUCCAUUCUGUGGAUCAGUAUCUCAGCAUCAAAUUAACUAACAUCAGUGUCACCCUGAGAAAUACUCUCACAUCUUCAUUCGGGGCUUAGUGGUCCAAUAUGUGCAGUUGCCAGCCAACAAGGUCAACACAGUUGCUGCAGAAUGCAGCAAAGAAGAAUGCCCUACAGCAGAAACAGUGAUGGCUCUUCCUCCUCUUCCCUUCCCUCUUCCAUUGGUGACCCAUAACCCCAGUCCCAGCCUACGAACCCCGACUGUGAAUACUUGAAGCAGUUUUGUUUGGCGGGUGUUUUGUUGUUGUUGUUUUAACUAGGGGUGUGUGUGUGUGUGUGUGUGUGUGUGUGUGGUGACUGGAUGAGAGGAAUAAUAGAGAACUGCUCUCCUCUUUUAGGAAGGGGAGGAUAAGUAGGCUGGGAAACUUCAAAGCCUUCCUAGUCCUCAGCAUCUGCCUUUCUCACUACUUCCCUAAAGAUAGUGGGAGAGUUUCCUAGGUCUUUCCAAGGCAGCAUGUCAUUCAUUUUGGGGAUGGAAGAAAUCUGUACCACAACAGGAAUAAAAUUUAUGGUGCAAAAAAUAAUAAUUAACUCCUACGUUUUCUUCUAAGAACUUUAUAGGACUUAGUCUGUGAUCCAUUUUGAAUUUUUUUUAGUAUGAAGCAUAGGGGUCCAACUUCAUUCUUUUAUACAUGGAUAUCCAGUUGUAGUAGCAUUUUGAACUAUUCCCUGCUUUUAUCUGGACUUCAUUUUCCUUUAUGUGGAAUGUCCCUGUUCUGCUCUGUUUGGAUUAUCUUCUGAGUUUUUUUUUUUUUUUCCUUAACAUGAAGUGUUUACCUAGAAGAGGGGUUUGACUGGUGAGUUUUAAGAAUUCAUAGCCACUCAGAUUCCUUCUAGACCUUACAGUAAACCUCUUGUACUUUCCCACUGUUGGAGUGUGCAAACCCCUCCCACUUCAGCUGCUGUUUAGCAUUUUUUUUCUAUGAGUACUUGUUGGUUAUUUUGGAAUUUUCAGGACGUUGAGAUAUUCUUUUGCUUCCUUCUGCACAGAUGCUGAUAAUUCAUGUGGUCUUGUAUUUGUCAGCGGCUUCUCUCUACCCAUUUGUAUUUUGGGGCUCUUGAAGAUCUUUUCACCACCUGGUUUUAUUGUAGCUGUUGUAAAUGGGUUUUGGUUUGACCUUCCUGGUUGCUCUGUAUGUUUUUAUGGAGAGAUUUGAGGAAAUUUGUAAAUUACACCAGUACCAUCUUUCAAGAAUCCCCAUAAUUAUGUUUCUUAAUCUUGACAUCAACAUUUUUCCCCUUUACUCACUAGAUACUCUAAGGUUAGUUAAAUGUUAGAUAAUUUAUUAAACUAAAAUACAGUAAGUUAUAUAGGUAUAGAUGUGCAACUGUUUAUAUUCUGUAUACUAAAAUUAAUAUGUGUCUCAACAAAUCUUGAUAGCAGAUGUUUUGAUACCUAAUCAAUCCUCUAAUUUUUGUAUUUAUGGAAGAAAAGCUAUUGAAGCCCCAUUCCUGGGGCUUUUACUGCCUAUAAUGUUUAAUACAUCUUUUGUAAUAACUAGCAAUUUUUCUAUGCUUACAAAAAUAAUAGUCAUGUACAAUAAUGGAAGAAGAAAUCAAAGGCUUCUGUGUCAUUUUUUUUUUUUAAUGGUUACUUGUCAGCAGUUGCCGUUUUAAUAGGCUUUGGAGUCAUACCUUAUAAAACCUGCCUAGGAUAGUGACCCCCACAAGUAAAUUGAGUCUGGUUGAAAGUUAAAAUGUUGAUGAUGACACUUUGGCUGGACGUGGUGGCUCGCCUACAACCCCAGCACUUUGGAAAACCAAGAAAGGCUGAUCUCUUAAGGCCAGGAGUUUGAGACCAGUCUGAUCAUCAUGGCAAAACCCUAUCUCUACCAAAAAUACAAAAAAUUAUACAGAUGUGAUGGCAUGCGCCUGUAGUCCCAGCUACUUGGGAGGCAAGGCACGAGAGUUGCUUGAACCUGGGAGGCAGAGGUUGCAGUGAGCCAAGAUUGUGCCACUGCACUCUAUCCUGGGCAAUAGAGUGAGACUCUCUCUCAAAAAAAAAAAAAAAAAAAAAGAUAAAA